AUGUGCAUGUGCGAACGUGCACAUGUACAAACAUGUGCAUGUGCGAACGUGCACAUGUACAAACAUGUGCAUGUGCGAACGUGCAUAUGUACAAACGUGUGCACUUAUAUACGUUUGCGCAUACACGUCAACACACACAUUGAUACACUUAGACAG